AUGGAGCCCUACAGCACAGAGUUCUGCAUGACUCAAUUUUUGGAGACCCACACCCAUGCAAUUUUUUUCUCUAGUACCAGGGUCUGUUUCUGCUGGCACGACCUGGACAACAGCGAAUACGACUGCUGGCCUCUCAUCCAACCAAACGAGUCCAACAUGAUCCAGUGUGGAGGUCUGGAGAUGGCGUGGGUAGUGCGCCCCCCGGAGACUGUAAAGACUGGUGAAAUCUUCAGUGUCACGUACUCUGUCACUGCACAGGACUCCUUCUAUCAGUGGGCUGUAGACAAUAAGAUAUUCAGCCAAAGUUCUAUAGUGGACGCACAGUCGGCUCGGAGGUUCUGUGAACAUGUGGACUGUCCCUCAAACUGGAAAGACGCCAAUGGAGAAAACUGCUGCAUCCACCACGCCAACAUCCACUCCUGCCCAAUGACAUACAUGACAACUGAGAGCAUUUGUGGACCCUGGAUUCCUGAUGAUGGAAAGAUCUUCACCCACACGAUCUCCACUACAGGGAAAAUGACCCAAACCAACUGGACCGCGAAGGUGAUUUUGUUCCACCCGGGCCUCACGUCUCUGAUCGCGCACAUCAGAGUGGGUCACAUGCAGGUGGCGCUAGAGGCCAAGAGCACCGUCACGCCUGCUGUCAUCUGCGGCGACGGCGUGUGUGAGGAGCCGGAGCUUUGUCGUACGUGUCCUGCAGACUGUGGAGAGUGCCCCAUGAGCACAGGCACCAAAGUGGGCAUCGCUCUGCCCCUGGGGAUCCUCUGCACCUGCUGCGCCCUCCUCUGCUCCUGGCUGUGGUAUCAGAAACAGAAGCUGCUUUGGGACGAGAGCUGGAUUAUUGACUUCUCCAAAAUCGAACAAGACCAGCGUGGCCGUGUGACCAUGGGCAGUAUCGCGAGUGCUCCUCUGGGGAACAGUGAGAGUAACAGCAGCUGUGUGACGGCUCUGAGCUGCUGCACAGGAGGAGCCAAAAAAAACACCUUCAUCUGCACCGGAAUCUAUGACGGCCGAACUGUGGCCAUAAAAAAAAUCCACACAAAGACGUUCUCUUUGUCUAAAACCAUCAGACAGGAAGUGAAACAAGUCCGGGAGUUGGACCAUCCAAACCUGUGUAAGUUUAUCGGAGGCUGUGUGGAGACGCCUAACAUUGCCAUAGUGACUGAAUACUGCCCCAAAGGAAGUCUGAAUGAUGUGCUGAUCAACGACGAGAUCCCGCUCAACUGGGGAUUCAGGUUUUCUUUUGCAAUGGACAUUGCCAGAGGGAUGUCGUACCUGCAUCAGCACCGCAUCUGUCACGGACGCCUCAAGUCUCUCAACUGUGUCCUGGACGACCGCUGGGUCUGCAAGAUCACAGAUUUUGGCCUGACCACAUUUCGACGUGAUGACGGAGCAGAGCCAGUGACCUUUUACCAGCAGAGACUGAUGGAGGUGUAUCUGCCCCCAGAGUUUCAGAACUCAAGCCUGGAGCCCACUCAGCCUGGAGAUGUGUUCUGUUACUCCAUCAUUUUGUUGGAGAUUGCAACUCGCAGUGAUCCAGUGCCUGCAGAGGAGUCAAACCUGGAGACCUCGUGGUGUCUCCCGUUACCUGAACUGAUCCGGAGCAAAACAGACAACUCCUGCCCCUGUCCCACCGACUAUGUGGAGCUGAUCCGCAGGUGCCGUUCGAAUAACCCCGCCCAGAGACCCACGUUUGAACAGAUCAAGAAGUUUGUCCAUCGGAUAAACCCAGUCAAAGGCAGCCCUGUCGACAUGAUGAUGAACCUGAUGGAGAAGUACAGUAAACACCUGGAGGUUUUGGUGGCAGAAAGAACCCAGGAUCUGAUGCAUGAGAAGCAGAAGACUGACCGCCUGCUCUACAGCAUGCUCCCGAGACAAGUGGCCGAUGAUCUGCGUCAAGGCAUCACCACCCAGGCUCAGAGUUACGCCAGCGCCACUGUUUUCUUCAGUGACAUAGUGGGCUUCACUCAGCUCUCCAGCAGCAGUACUCCGUAUCAGGUGGUGGAUCUGCUGAACAAACUCUACACCACCUUCGACGACAUCAUCGACAACUACGACGUCUACAAAGUGGAGACCAUCGGAGACGCAUACAUGGUGGUGUCUGGAGUGCCCAAAGAGAACGGGAUCCUUCACGCCUCAGAGAUCUCCAGCAUGGCCCUGGACCUGGUGUCAGUGUGUAAGAGCUUCAAGAUCCCCCACAAACCCAACAUGCAACUGCAGAUCCGAGCUGGGAUACACUCAGGUCCAGUCGUGGCCGGGAUCGUCGGGACCAAAAUGCCUCGGUACUGUUUGUUUGGAGACACAGUGAACACAGCGUCUCGGAUGGAGUCCACCAGUGUGGCGUUGAAGAUCCAGUGCAGCUCGAGUGCGUUCUUUCUGUUGGAGGAGAUUGGAGGAUACGUGCUGGAGUGCAGAGGGACUCUACAGGUCAAGGGUAAAGGAGACAUGGUGACGUACUGGCUCGAGGGGAAGAAGGCAAAUUUGGUCAAAAAGGAAGUAAACACCGAAUCCAAAACAUCCAAGCUGGUCACCAUGGAUUCUGGAGUGGUUACCACGGAUACGGAUGCUGAGACAGAGAUGUACCGUUCGUUACCGGGAACGCUCAACCAUGACCUUCUCACCAUGGAAUAA